UGGCAUCCACCCAGAAUGCAGAUUUCAACUGGAGAUUCACAAGGAGGAAAUAAGAUGUAUGGAAAUUCUAAACAGUGUCAAAACAGUGGCUUAUAAAGGAUGUGUUGGAAUUUGGGAUAACAUUACGUGUUGGCGCCAUGCUAAAAUUGGAGAGACUGUCACUGUCCCUUGUCCAAAAGUAUUUAGCCACUUUUUCAGCAAAUCAGGAAAUAUUAGCAAAAAUUGUACAAGUGAUGGAUGGUCAGAAAUGUUUCCAGAUCUCAUAAGCGCUUGUGGUUAUAAUGACAAUAAUGAUGAUAGUAAGAUUAAUUUCUAUGUACUAGUGAGGGCAAUCUACACCCUUGGACAUAGUACAUCUCUGAUUGCUCUAACGACAGGAAGUAUAAUUAUUUGCCUUUUCAGAAAACUUCACUGCACGCGGAACUACAUCCAUCUGAACUUGUUCCUUUCUUUCAUUCUAAAAGCAAUCUCUGUUUUUGUCAAGGAUGAUAUUCUCUAUUCCAAUUCCAACCCAGCUCACUGUACAGAAGACCAGUCAUCAUGGGUUGGCUGCAAGGCUAGUUUGGUAUUUUUCCAGUAUUGUAUUAUGGCAAACUUUUACUGGCUCUUAGUUGAAGGACUUUACCUCCACAUCCUCCUUGUGGUAAUAUUCUCUCCUAACAGACACUUCACAGUGUAUCUUCUGAUUGGCUGGGGAAUUCCUAUGGUAUUCAUCAUCUUGUGGACCGUGACAAGGAUCUUUUUAGAGGACACUGGUUGCUGGGAUACAAAUGAUCACAACGCCCCUUGGUGGGUUAUACGAUCACCAAUUUUAAUUUCUAUUAUAGUGAAUUUUCUACUGUUCAUUAGUAUUAUAAGAAUUUUACUGCAAAAGUUAAGAUCGCCGGAUGUUGGCGGCAAUGAUCAGUCACAGUACAAGAGACUUGCAAAAUCAACACUGCUGCUUAUUCCAUUAUUUGGAGUUCACUACAUAGUGUUCGGUUUAUUUCCUGAAAACGCUCACAGUGACUAUCAGAUAUAUUUUGAGUUAUGUUUGGGAUCUUUUCAGGGGCUGGUUGUUGCAGUCCUGUACUGCUUUUUGAACAGUGAAGAUGAUCAUGAGAGAGAGCUAGAACUCCGUCUGCACCCAAGGAUGGUCAAAAGAACUGGCGAGGCCGGACCCCACGAGCAGAAAUGUCACGAAAAGUCGCAAGAUGGCCGCCGCUCAUGCGCGGUCCAGGGAAUGACAGCUGAAACAUCUCCAGACUGCGGCGCUGGGACGCGCCCAACACCCACAGUGGAGCACCCCCGGGGACACUAUCUGAAGAAGAACUAAGGGAAUCGGGAGUAGGACUGGCAUAAUGCCAAGCCUUGCAGGUGCCGGCCAUGGAGUAAUAAGCUCCAAUAAAGAAAAAAGCAGAAAUUCUGGCCACCAUGUUUCAAAACUUCAGUAAUGACAAGGCUUUCAGAUGAAAAUAUUAGUAUGAGAGAACUCCAAAAAGCAAUAAUAAGGAACAAAAGCAUAUUACCAGGCAAGCUUUGAAAUGCUUAAACACCUAAAUUAAAUCUGUUUUUUCACUUCUCCAGAUGGGUAUUUCAGU